CUCGCCUUCUGUCUGCCGGGCGCAGCCAGCUGGUGGUGGCCACUGAGACAAGAUGCCUAGCAUCUUCGCCUAUCAGAGCUCCGAGGUGGACUGGUGUGAGAGCAACUUCCAGUACUCGGAGCUGGUGGCCGAGUUCUACAACACGUUCUCCAAUAUCCCCUUCUUCAUCUUCGGGCCACUGAUGAUGCUCCUGAUGCACCCGUAUGCCCAGAAGCGCUCCCGCUACAUUUAUGUUGUCUGGGUCCUCUUCAUGAUCAUAGGCCUGUUCUCCAUGUAUUUCCACAUGACGCUCAGCUUCCUGGGCCAGCUGCUGGACGAGAUCGCCAUCCUGUGGCUCCUGGGCAGUGGCUAUGGCAUAUGGAUGCCCCGCUGCUACUUCCCCUCCUUCCUGCGGGGGAGCAGGUCCCAGUUCAUCCGCCUGGUCUUCAUCACCACUGCGGUCAGCACCCUUCUGUCCUUCCUGAGGCCCACGGUCAACGCCUACGCCCUCAACAGCAUUGCCCUGCACAUUCUCUACAUCGUGUGCCAGGAGUACAGGAAGACCAGCAAUAAGGAGCUUCGGCACCUGAUUGAGGUCUCCGUGGUUUUAUGGGCUGUUGCUCUGACCAGCUGGAUCAGUGACCGUCUGCUUUGCAGCUUCUGGCAGAGGAUUCAUUUCUUCUAUCUGCACAGCAUCUGGCAUGUGCUUAUCAGCAUCACUUUCCCUUAUGGCAUGGUCACCAUGGCCUUGGUGGAUGCCAACUAUGAGAUGCCAGGUGAAACCCUCAAAGUCCGCUACUGGCCUCGGGACAGUUGGCCCGUGGGGCUGCCCUAUGUGGAAAUCCGGGGCGAUGACAAGGACUGCUGAGACCUGCCAGCCUCUUGACUAUCCAACCACCCAACGACUUGCCUGUGUCUUAAGAAGAGAGCCCCAGUCAGGACUUACAC